AUGUCCUUUAUCUGGACUGCCGCCCGUAGCGGGACGCGGGUGGACCUGAGAGUCCGGGGAACCUUCCUACGAAACCACCGUCACGUCCGCACUCUUUCUCGGUCCGCCAACAAGUUCUUAAAAAUAUCUGAAGAGGUUCAGGAUGCGGUUGCAACCGGAAAGCCCGUAGUAGCUCUUGAAACCACCAUUUAUACCCAUGGUGAGUCCAACCGGCAGGGAACCAUCGAGCUCCAUGAAAGUGAAGACGUUAAGCAAAGCGACCUAGGAUUCCCCUACCCUGAAAAUGUUGACCUUGCGAAACGUCUGGAAUCGAUCGUCCGAGAAAAUGGCGGUGUCCCGGCCACAAUUGGCAUCCUUAACGGCGUUGCAAGAGUAGGGAUGAGCACGGCAGAGCUCACCGAACUCACGUCCGCUUGUCGAGAAAAGAACGUGCUAAAAGUAUCACGCCGGGAUUUGGGCUAUAUCUGUGGAAUGGGACUGGCUGGAAAACACAUGCACGGCGGAACUACGAUCGCCGGUACCAUGGUCCUUGCCCACCUUGCUGGUAUUAAAGUAUUUGCUACAGGAGGACUUGGUGGGGUGCACCGUGGUGGCGAGAGCUCCAUGGAUAUAUCGGCUGACCUUACUGAACUUGGACGAACUCCUGUUGCGGUAAUCAGUUCCGGUUGCAAAAGUUUUCUUGACAUUCGGCGAACACUGGAGGUUUUAGAAACCCAAGGGGUUGUGGUAGCCACGUUUGCGGACGGCCGCAAAGGUCCUAUUGACUUUCCAGCUUUCUUUACCAGAGAUAGUGGAAUUCAGUCUCCCAGAACCUUGCGUGAUGCAGCGGAGGCCGCAGCAAUAAUAUAUGCUCAAUCGAAUCUCCAACUUUCGUCCGGAAUUUUAUUCACAAAUCCAGUUCCUGAAAAGCACUCGUUUCUAAAGGCGGAGAUGGACGCUAUCAUUGCGAAAGCCGUUGAGCUUUCUCAUAUUGAAGGUGUCCAUGGAAGUGACAACACACCAUACGUACUAGCAAAAAUCAAAGAGCUAAGUGGCGGAAGAAGUGUUGAGACGAAUAGGGCAUUGGUGGAGUGUAAUGUAGAAAUAGGCACAAAAGUCGCUAUCGAGCUUGGGAAAUUGGAAUCAGGGAGCAAGGAUGAUGGAAAUCGAUAUAUGCCCGUUGUCAAUGGAACAAGGCAAAGGGCUAAGACGUCUGAGUCAGAGUCGCAGGAUACCAACCCAGCCACAGAAAACGUUAGUGCUAAACCAGCACCAAAAGCAAUUGAAAAAGUAGACAUCCUAAUAGCCGGCUCGCUGGCGGUUGACUUAGCCUGCGACUUUGCACCCUCGACUGGUGGCAGCAAUGCCGUGUCUCCCGCUCUUUAUACGUCAAAUCCUUCAGUCAUCAGCCAAAGUCUAGGAGGUGUCGGAUACAACGUGGCUCUGGCAUCAAGCUAUUUAGGAAGCUCUGUUCUUUUUUGCAGCGUGGUAGCAAACGAUAUUAGUGGUCGCAGCGCUCUCGCAGCUCUUCAAAAAGCGGAUAAAAAUCUACACUUCGAAGGUGUUCAAACUCUUGAAACGGCUGCUGGUGCUAGAACGGCACAAUACAUUGCAGUCAAUGAUGCUAAGAAAGAACUUGUCCUGGCCAUGGCUGACAUGAGCAUUCUGGAGCUUCCAAGCGAAAGGCUCAAGUUUGAUGAAUUUUGGGAGCCAAUGAUCCAUCGUACCAAACCGACGUGGGCUGUUAUUGACGCGAAUUGGAGUCCAGAGGCCAUGAGCAGAUGGGUGUCUCUAUGCAAAGCCCACGGGAUUAAAAUUGCCUUCGAACCUGUCUCUGCUCUGAAAGCAACCCGUUUGUUUUCCAAAACCAAAUCCGGGAAUAUCGGGAAUAAACCGAUAUUCGAUCCUCUCCACACAGCACCAACCAACCAUCUAAUCGAUAUAAUCACACCCAAUAGUAUCGAGCUCGCUUCCAUGCAUACUACCGCAAGAGAGGCCGGCCUCUUCCACAGUCCAGAAUGGUGGAAAAUCAUAAAUUCUUUUUCCCUCCCCAGCGCAGGUUCAAGGGACCGGUUCACUUCGCUUACAUCGGCAGCCAUUGUGGAUAAAGGCAUCCCGCAACAGAGCAUCCAACUGUUACCGUUCAUCCCUUGCAUCGUCACCAAGCUAGGCAAGCAUGGAGCAUUACUUACGCAGCUGUUACCGAGUCGAGAUUCGAGACUUACCAACCCGGAAUAUGCCCCUUACAUUCUUGGUAGGGCUGCUGGAAGUGGUGAUGGCGACAGCGAGACUGGCAUUGGAGGGGUAUAUAUGCGACUUUUCCCAGCCGUAGAGAAAUUGGAAGAGGGGGACGUCGUAAGUGUAAAUGGAGCUGGUGACACUUUGCUCGGCUUGCUUGUAUCGGCGCUAGCAGUAGGAGAGAAUAGCGGCAGGGCAGAGAAGACGCGAGUGGAAAAUGUCAUCCCCUUAGCACAGCAGGCGAGCAGUAAAACACUGAAAAGCAAAGGUGGUGUUAGCCCUGAUAUCAAGAGCCUGCGACCGUUGCUGGAGAAAUUAUGA